CUCUAUUGGCACGCGGCCAAGUCCUGUUUUUAACACAUGCUCUGCUCAAAACAGAACCUCCUGAGCGAGGAUGAGCUCGCUACGGUCGAGGAGGUUAUGACAACGUAUUUUGACGAGCAAUGGGCUCAGGUGGGCAUGGAUUUCGAUCCAUGGAAAUACUCGCAUGCAGAGAAGCUGGGAAUUCUGCUGGGCGUGUUUUCGAAAAUGCACGUUUUGCGUGUUCUGGAGCUGACGCCCAGCGAGAUGCUCGAUUUUUGCCUCGACAUCGAAGCACUAUACAACGACGUUCCAUACCACUCGUUCAACCACGCUAUCGAUGUGGUCGUGAAGCUGUACUUUGUACUGAACGAUUUACAGGCAUCGUCCUAUUUGGCCUCCUACGAUGUCGCAGUCCUGCUAAUCAGCGGCCUUUGUCACGACGCUGGUCAUCCUGGGCUCAACAACCUGUUCCAAAGGAACGCCAACACGAAAUACGCACAGAAAUACCCGGAUGCUAUCCUGGAACGGUUCUCUAUUGACCUCGCCGUUGAAUACGUGGAGAAGCACAAGCUGCUUCGCAAUGUGGAAAAUGUCCGUGACCCGGUUUACAACGAUAACACUGCGACAGAGAGAGAUAUUGCAUCGCGCAUGAUGCAUGGCAUGCGCACAGCAAUUCUCUACACCGACAUGAGCCGGCAUUUUGAGGAGGUCGAGGAAUGCAAGCUGCUAAUCUCGGUGCUCUCCAAGAAAGCCCGCAGGAUAUCUGGUCACGACCUGCCCCAGGAAGAAUGCCCCAACGGGUACUGCGAGCGCCCAGACCAUAGCCCUCGCAUCAGCGGCACACCAGACUCCAAGCUGCCACCGGUCUCUGGUGCUGCUUCUGAGAGGACACGAGCCCCCACGCCUAUGCUGCCGCUUCUGUCAACCAUGCAAAACACAGCUAUUAGCAUUGCUUCUCGCACAGAGUCCCGACGCCGCAUAGAAGACUUGGAACUAACAACACUGCCCACGCCACCAACAACGGCCGGCAAGUCAAAAGAGCCGGGCCAAGAUCUGGCAGGGGAUGAGCCGCCUUUGCUAACUACAAGCAAGCCGCAUAUCAAGGUCCGUCGGUCAAUCUCAAUGUGCGAUGCGCUGCUGGACAGCACACAGCGGCAGAGCCUGGUCAACAUUCUGCUGCAUGCUGUCGAUAUCUUCAACCCGGUACUACCAUGGACAAUGUGCAAAAAGUGGUCGGACCUGAUGAACAUCGAGUCAUUCAACCAGGGUGACCUGGAGAAGAAUAUGGGGCUACCGGUCUCGCCCAACAUGGACCGUGACACAACCGACCAACGCCAGGUAUCCCUGGACUUUGGCAACAUCAUCAUUCGUCCAUUUUUCAUUGAGCUCGUGUCGCUGUUUCCCGUGGACGAUAAGCUGCUGCUCAGCCUAGACAAGAACCUGAAGGCAUGGAGCCGCCUCACGCCUGACAAUAAGCACAAAGUCAGCCCCCCGGUUGGUGCCAACAGCGAUAUGUACUCGUGGCCGUCAGAGUCGCGAUCAAAAGCGAUUUCACGCACUCACUCGCGAGUGCUGAACGAGGGCAGGCGUCUCAGCAUUGCCGCUGGCACAGUGGAAAUCCCCCAGAGCCGCUUGGAGAUGAUUCGCCGCCACUCUCAUGAGGGCUUUGAGGCACUGCAUCGCCGGAUGGUCGGACGACUCUUCUCAAAGCAUCUGGAGCGCAUCCAAGAGCGCCGCAAUGUCUCUUACCAGCGCAGCCUGCUUGAUGGCAGCGGCUCAUCCCUCGCAGCGAAGCACCGCAUCCAGCCGCUAUCCACCAGCUUCUCUCCUCGGGUCCAUGGGAACCGUGUCUGGAACGAAUUCAGCGCCGACAUGUUGUCGCCGGUAACUGAAGGUGGCACUGGAGACGAGGCCAGCAACCUAGGAAACGAUGCUGAGACAGUCCUUUCUACACUCCCACAGGGCCCGACCACACUGACGCCCUUGCCUAUUGAGGCCGAGGAACUCCAUAGCAUCUAUUGGGGUGAGAAUACACAACCACAGGACUCGAUAUCAGCGUACCUAGGGGAGCAGCAAAUGGGCUCCAAUCCCCGCCCAAAGGCCGACAGCGAGCAGCUGCCAGACUCGGUGGAGCCUGCAUCAAUAUCAGUACUCCCACCGUUUUUGAACGCUUACCAGAUCAGCAGCGGCCUAAGCUUUGGUCGCCAGUACCGCAGCUCAUCCCUGGACCCGACACUGCUGGCCAGCCUACCGUCAACAUAUCCUUCGCUUGCUCAUCCCACCCACCACUGCGAACAGAUCCCGUCUGGGUCGUCCGAUGAGCAGUAA